GCGCCGCGCCACCGCUGAGGCGACCACUUUUUGUUGUUGGCGCGCUUUUCCCGCCACCUCCACCAUCACCACCGCCUCGUCACCCCCCUCCGUGUCACCUCCUCCACCUCCACCUCGUCGUCAACCCGCCACCAAGCCGAGCCCCGCGCCCUCUUCGCAGGGACCAGGCGAAGACUUCUCUGGCUUCUCCCCCCACCCCGUCAGCCGAGAGCGGACGGCGCGAAGAAGCCUGCGCGGUGUAGGCCGCGCUCGACUUGCCCGCUGCGCUAGGCCACCGCCUCAGCCUCACACAAUUCUCGACACUCUAGUCGAUGUUGUGUGUUUUUAAAGCACCCUCUGUGUAGCGACAACGACGACGACAGCGGCGAGGAGGUUAGCGAGGAGGAGAGUGCGCGAGGUGGUGACGGCGAUAGAAAGCCGCGGGCGUCAGCUGCGAUGCUGUCAACGCCGCCGCCGCCGCUGCCGCAGCAGCGAAUUCCGUGCAGCAGCCCGUGAGGAGAGGCCUCGAGCAGCACCAUGAAGAAGGGCAGGAAUUCCUGUUCGAGUGACGAGUCGGACGGUGCUGCCACUGUUCCCUCUUGGCCACCACCGCCCUCAUCGUCCUCUUCCAAGCAGCAACAGCAUCACCCUCACCAACAUCACCCUCCUCACCCUCCUCACCCUCCUCAGCAGCAGCAGCAGCCUCAACUAAAAUCACGAUCGCACCGAUUCUCAUCGGCAUCGUCGGCCGCCAUCGCCGCAGCAGCAGCGACGAUGACGCCAUCGGCGACGUCGUCAUCGUCGUCGGUGGCCGUGGCGACGGUGACAUCGCCGUUGCCACCGCCGCCACCAACGCCGUCGUCAUCUUCGUCUCACCGCCCGGCGGAGGUUUACCGCAAGGACCUCAUCAGCGCCAUGAAGGUGCCGGACUCGGCACAGCUGGGCCCCGGCGAGUAUUACGUCAUGGCGGACGCCUGGAAGCCCGAGUGGGAGAAGGGAGUGCAGGUGCCUGUGUGCAGCGAGCACGACUACCCAGAGCCCAGCGUCAGGAUACUGGCGGAGCGCGAGAAGGCCGUGACGUUUGCACGGACCAGGAAGUACAUCCAGAUGUCGGACCUGGAGUCUCCAACACCCGGCUACGCCGACCUGCGUUCGCUCAUCCAGGCGACCUGCCACUACGACCUGGACGACACCGACCUCUCCUGGCUACAGAUGGCCAACCGCGAACUCCAGCGCAUGGGGGAGCCGCGCGUGGACGAGGCCGCGGCGGAGCGCGUGAUGGAGCGUCUGGAGCGGCGCUGCGAGGACCGCAUGGCAGUGGCCAUGGACACGGUGGAGGGCCUGGGCAUCGAGUACGACGAGGACGUGGUGUGCGACGUGUGCCGCUCGCCCGACUGCGAGGAGGCCAACGAGAUGGUGUUCUGCGACCGCUGCAACGUGUGUGUCCACCAGGCUUGCUACGGCAUCCUCAAGGUGCCGGAGGGCAGCUGGCUGUGCCGCUCGUGCGCGCUGGGCGUGCGCCCCGCCUGCCUGCUGUGCCCCAAGACGGGCGGCGCCAUGAAGCCCACGCGCAGCGGCAGCAAGUGGGCACACGUGAGCUGCGCCCUCUGGAUACCCGAGGUGAGCAUCGGUUGCCCCGAGCGGAUGGAGCCGGUGACGAAGAUCUCCCAAGUGCCGCCCAGCCGCUGGGCUCUCGUCUGCUCUCUGUGCCGCGUCAAGACCGGAGCCUGCAUCCAGUGCUCGGUGAAGAGCUGCAUCACGGCGUUCCACGUCACCUGCGCCUUUGAGCACGCCCUGGAGAUGCGCACCACCCUGGAGGAGGGCGAGGAAGUUCGAUUCCGCUCCAUCUGCUCCAAGCACAGCAAGCGCCGGCCACAGCAGCAGCAGCAGCAGCAUCGGAGCAGCCACGCGGGAGGAGGAGGAGGUGGUGGUGGUGGUCCCACUGAGGAUGAGAAGACCAGCCUUCGCAAGCAGAAGCUGCAGGAGCUGCAGGAGGAGUUCUUCUCGCUGGCGGGUCCCGGUGAGGAGCUGGCCCAGUCUCUGUGUCUCCCCGACGCUCCGGUCGACCUCCUCUUCCAGUACUGGAAGCUCAAGCGACGCUCCUCCUUCUCUCGCCCGCUCAUGGACCCCCCCCCGGACUCCCUCGCCACGGCGGGGCCCGGGGGGGCCGCUGGCGGCUCGGGGGCCGGCGGCGGCGCGGGGGGCACCGAGGCGUCGGAGGACAGCCUCUACCGCCGCAUGCGCAUGUUCAUGUACCUGCGACAAGACCUGGAGCGGGUGCGUAACCUGUGCUACAUGGUCUCCCGGAGAGAGAAACUCAAGAACUCGUUGACGCGCCUCCUGGAGCAGGUCUUCCACACUCAGCUGCGCCUGCUGGAGACCGGCACCGCCACAGGCGCCAGCCCGAGCAGCGCCGCCGCAAGCAGCGCAAGCAGCGCAAGCAGCGCAAGCAGCGCGUGCGUCCAGCGAUCAUCGACCGCGCCGGCCGCCCCCGCCUCUUCGUCUUCCUCGUCCUUGUUGGCGUCGGCGUCUGAACACGCCGGCGCCCACCCCGACACUCCCCGUCGCCCCGACACCGUCAACGGGCGGCGCCCCCCCACACCGCAUCAGCAGCAGCAUCAGCAGCAUCAGCAGCAGCAUCAGCAGCAGCAGCAGCAGCAGCUGGGAGGCGGUGGAGGCGGUGGUGACGGCGGCAUUGCCCGUCGCUGCAACGGCUCGAUGGUGAAGCUGGCGCUGCCGGGGGGCGCCACCGCCGUGCCGUGCGUGCGCGUGAGCCGCGUGGACGAGCGGAGGGUGCGCGGCGGUGCCGGUGCCGCCCCCCCUCCCCGCUCUCCGUGCCGCCCGGUGGCUUCUGCCGGUGCCGCCAGCGAGCUUCCCGGAGACGAGGACGACGACGGCGAAGAGGAGCAGGAGGAGGAGCAGGAGGAGCAGGAGGAGGAGGAGUUGGAGGAGCGAGCGGAGAACGGCGACGGGGAGAGGAGGAGGACGAGGAGGCCGGCACCGCUCGCCGACGGGCGCGUGCUGAGGAAGAGGCCGGCGCCAGCCACCGCCGCCGCCGCCGGCGACGCCGACGCUGACGCCGCCGCCGGCGUUGUUGUUGUUGACGUUGGCGAGGGAGGGGGGGGAGUCAAAUCCCGGCGGCGGGCGGAGGCCGGACAGCCGCCGGGGACGGCACCGUCGCAAACGGUGCCCCCGGCGGCGGCGGCUGCGUCGACGUCGGCCAUGAAGUUCACUCUCAAGACGAACCUGACCAUGUCGCGCUUCCUCAACUCGCUCGUGAGCUGAGGUGCCACGGGGACGGUCGCCCCACCCCCACCCCUCUCUGUCUCUGUGCGCGUGCCACUCUCUCCGUUUCGUUCUGUUCAACCCUCCCGUAGUAACCGCCGAGCCGGCGGCAAGGGGGUGGUGGGGGGGAUGGGGCCAAUCCGGCAUCGGUGUCGCGAGACGUCGUUGGUCGCCACGCGGUGAGGGCACGGAGUCACCGCGGAGUCGCCUCGGCUGGGAUCGGCUUGUGCAGUGGAAAAACCCUACAAUGCUCUCUGACUGGCUCGGGUCGGGCUCCCUGGCUGGCUUGUCUAGGGGUCCCUGGUUGGUUGUCUAGGGGUCCCUGGCUGCUUGUCUAGGGGUCCCUGGCUGGUUGUCUAGGGGUCCCUGGCUGCUUGUCUAGGGGUCCCUGGCUGGUUGUCUAGGGGUCCCUGGCUGGUUGUCUAGGGGUCCCUGGCUGGUUGUCUAGGGGUCCCUGGCUGCUUGUCUAGGGGUCCCUGGCUGGUUGUCUAGGGGUCCCUGGCUGCUUGUCUAGGGGUCCCUGGCUGCUUGUCUAGGGGUCCCUGGCUGGUUGUCUAGGAGUCCCUGGCUGCUUGUCUAGGAGUCCCUGGCUGGUUGUCUAGGGGUCCCUGGCUGGUUGUUUAGGGGUCCCUGGCUGCUUGUCUAGGAGUCCCUGGCUGGUUGUCUAGGGGUCCCUGGCUGCUUGUCUAGGAGUCCCUGGCUGGUUGUCUAGGGGUCCCUGGCAGCUUGUCUAGGGGUCCCUGGCUGGUUGUGUAGACGUCUCCCUCCCGUCUCCGUGCGUCUUCUGCCCGCCCGUGCUCCAGCGCGUCGCAUCGUUCUUCGUUGCUCUCCCACGAUCACGCACAAGAUUGCACACGAGAUCACACAAGAUCACGCACGAUCACACACGAGAUCACGCACAAGAUUGCACACGAGAUCACACAAGGUCACACAAGAUCACGCAAGAUCAGGCACGAUCACACACGAGAUCACACAAGAUCACGCACGAGAUUGCACACGAGAUCACUCACGAUCACACAUGAGAUCACUCACGAUCACACACAAGAUCACACGAGAUCACUCACGAGAUCGCACGCGAGAUCGCACGCACGCCCAGUAUAUAUUUAUAAGCGUCGCGAGCUCUGUACAUUUUCACGCGUGACCCAUGCCUUGCUCCUCCCCCACCGCACCCGUCUCUCUCCCCUCUGUCUCUCAUCUCUCCUCCCACUCUCUCAUCUCUCUCCCUCUGUCUCUCAUCUCUCUCCCCCUCUCUCAUCUCAUCUCUCUCCUCCCACUCUCUCAUCUCUCUCCUCCCACUCUCUCAUCUCUCUCUCAUCUCUCUCCUCCCUCCCUCCUCCCUCUCAUCUCUCUCUCUCAUCUCUCUCUCCUCCCUCCCUCCUCCCUCUCAUCUCUCUCCCCUCUCUCUCCUCCCUCUCUAAUCUCUCUCCUCCCUCUUUCUCCUCUAUACUUUCUCUUUACUCUCUCUCCCUCUGCCCUUGCCGUCCAUUGAUUGGUUACAUUUCAGAAUCUUUAUUUAUCCCGAAGAAAUCAGAUGAGUUCCGAAGCUAUUCUGAAGCCCCCCUCUCCUCCGGAGCGACUUCCUUCUGACUUGUGCGCCCUCCUUUCGUGUUUCACCCCCCCCCCUCCCCUCCGUUUGUUCAUUCUUAUUAAUCCUAAACGAGGAAACGUUUUGAAGGUUGUCCGUCGUUCCCCUCGCGGCGAAUAACAAGCACUGGCAUUUGUACCGCGCCGCCGGCGAUCGGGCGCCGUGGCGGUGAGCGGUGGCGGUGAGCGGUGGCGGUGUUGGUGAGCGGUGCGUAGCGGCGUCCGUUCUGUUGUGCAUCUUUUUACUUUCCUUUUUUGUUCAGCGCUUUGGUUUGUUUUGACGUCUACAUUGCGACUCGGUGGUGCGCGGAUGACCGAGGAGGAGGUGGUGGUGGUAGGAGGAGGAGGUGGUGGUGGUAGGAGGAGGAGGUGGUGGAGGUGGUGGUAGGAGGAGGUGGAGGUGGUGGUAGGAGGAGGAGGAGGUGGUGGUGGUAGGAGGAGGAGGAGGUGGUGGUGGUGGUAGGAGGUGGUGGUGUUGGUGGUAGGAGGAGGUGGUGGUGGUAGGAGGAGGCAGGGUCGAGGUUGUUUUUACUUUUUGUUAUCGGGGAAAGGCGAAGUCAAGCCAAGUGGUGCCCUGCCGCGCUCCCUCUCCCCACUCUCUCUCCCCACUCUCUCUCCCCACUCUCUCUCCCCUCGCUGCACUCUCUCUCCCCACUCUCUCUCCCCACUCUCUCUCCCCACUCUCUCUCCCCACUCUCUCUCCCCACUCUCUCUCCCCACUCUCUCUCCCCUCGCUGCACUCUCUCUCCCCACUCUCUCUCCCCACUCUCUCUCCCCACUCUCUCUCCCCUCGCUGCACUCUCUCUCCCCACUCUCUCUCCCCACUCUCUCUCCCCACUCUCUCUCCCCACUCUCUCUCCCCACUCUCUCUCCCCACUCUCUCUCCCCACUCUCUCUCCCCACUCUCUCUCCCCACUCUCUCUCCCCACUCUCUCUCCCCACUCUCUCCUCACUCUCCCUCCCCACUCUCUCUACUCUCCCCACUCUCUCUCCCCACUCUCUCUACUCUCCCCACUCUCUCCACUCUCGCUCUCUCUCAGCCUUGCAUUGAACGUCACGGCCUCAACUCUCUCUACUCUCUCUACUCCCUCCCCGCACUCUCCGUGUGUGUCUCUCUCUCCUUGGCCGGCACCGCCCAGCACAGCUCCGCACAGCUCGGCACCGCGUACGGCGCUGGCACCUUGCGAACUUUCUCCAGCGUUGGAACUUUCGCAGCCUUUGAGUCUGGCUGGGGGUUGAGUCAUGC